AUGAGCAUUCAUCUAUAUUCUCAAUCUAACUCAUGUCCACAUGCUCUCAUUGUUCGCUCUUCUGAAGGUUUCUUUGCUCUUAAUUCAUUUAAUAAACAAUAUACAGGUCCAUCAUCAUAUGAACUUCAUCAACAACAACAACAACAACAACAACAAAAUUACACUCCUCCUUCUCAACAACAUGCUUCUUACUCAAGUAGUAAUUUUACGCCAUCACAAUAUAAUAUAAAUUCACAAGGACUUCCUAAUCAAUUCUAUCGAUCAGAUGAUUAUUUUCCUCAACCUACAAAUGUAACAAAUAAUUGUGAUGAUGAAGAAUUAAACAUUAAUUUCGAUUAUAUAUUUAAAUAA